GGGACGCGCCUCAGUGUGGCCGCACUGAUUAGUAAAAGGCAAAGCAGAGUUCUCAGCGAGUGAGCCGCGGAAAGCUGCAUUUUAAAUUGCAAACAAAAAAACGAGGGAGAAGAGGAAUGCAAGAAGUGUUCGCCGCGAGCUUGAAAUUUCGAGGAGUUUUGUCGGCAUGCGGCAAAAGAAGGAAUAAAAACUCCUCAAUUCAGCGGGAAUGCAGAGAAUUAAAAUAGAGACUUAGUCACUUUGCGGGACCACAAGUGUGCGUAACUGUGCAGCUUAGCCUGACUGGGAAAGGGGAGCUCGAGACUGGCUUUGAGUUAACUUCAACACGCCUGGAGUGGUGAUGUCUUGAGGUAGUGCUAUCACCAGCCCAGUGAAGGACUUGCCAGUACCAGGCCUGCUGCCUCUAAUGGGAGCUCCUGCUCCGCCAUGAGUGCUCGCGAUGGCGUUGGUGGCGUUGGUGGCAUGGGCACCCUGGGCCGCCGGCAGCGCUUUGAGAACUCUGAGCUCACCGUGCGCAUCUAUCCAGGCUCCCUUGCAGAGGGGACCAUCUACUGUCCAAUCAGUGCCCGCAAGACCACCACAGCCGCUGAGGCCAUCGAGCGCGUCAUCGAGCGGCUGCACCUGGACCGCACCAAGUGUUAUGUGUUAGCCGAGGUGAAGGAGUUUGGUGGGGAAGAAUGGAUUCUGAACCCCACCGACUGUCCCGUGCAGAGGAUGAUGCUCUGGCCUCGCGUGGCUCUGGAGCACCGUCCGCUGUCUGGCGGCGAUGAUUAUCGCUUCCUGCUGAGGCAGAAAAAUCUGGACGGAUCUAUUCACUAUGGAGGCAGUCUCCAGAUGUGGCUGCAGGUGACGGAGGAGCGAAGGCGCAUGAUGGAACGCGGACUGCUCCCGCAACCCGAUUCUCGGGGCGACCACGCCGAUCUGUGCUGCCUGCCGGAGCUCAACGAGCGCUCGCUGCUGGACAACCUGCGCUCGCGCUUCCGGCAGGAAAAGAUCUACACCUACGUUGGAAGUAUCCUCAUCGUCAUUAACCCUUUCAAGUUCCUGCCAAUUUACAACCCUAAGUAUGUGAAGAUGUAUGACAAUCAUACGCUGGGAGACUUGGAGCCGCACAUUUACGCCGUGGCGGAUGUGGCCUACCACGCAAUGCUGAGGAGACAGAAGAACCAGUGCAUCGUCAUAUCGGGGGAGAGCGGCUCUGGGAAGACGCAAAGCACAAACUUUCUCAUUCAUCAUCUGACUGCCCUCAGUCAGAAGGGCUUUGCCAGUGGAGUGGAGCAAAUCAUAUUGGGAGCCGGACCAGUAUUGGAGGCGUUUGGGAAUGCAAAAACAGCACAUAAUAACAACUCCAGUCGCUUUGGCAAGUUCAUUCAGGUGAACUACCAGGAGAGUGGCACUGUGAGAGGGGCGUAUGUAGAAAAAUACCUCUUGGAGAAGUCGAGACUGGUCUAUCAAGAGCACAAUGAGCGAAACUACCAUGUGUUUUAUUACCUGCUGGCAGGAUCGAGUGAAGAAGAAAGAAAAGCCUUUCACCUUAAGAAGCCUGAAGAAUAUCAUUACCUCAGUCAGAUGACAAAGACAAGCAGCCGUCCGCACUGGGACAGUUACUGUGAGAGUGAACCGGACUGCUUCACCGUCGAAGGAGAGGACCUGAAGCAUGACUUUGAGAGGCUCCAGCUGGCCAUGGAGAUGGUGGGCUUUCUCCCUGCCACGCGCAAACAGAUCUUUUCUCUGCUGUCGGCCAUCCUUCACCUGGGAAACAUUCGCUACAAGAGGAAGACCUACAGGGAUGACUCCAUCGACAUCUGUAACCCUGAGGUGCUGCCUGUUGUCUCAGAGCUGCUGGAGGUCAAAGAGGAGAUGCUGUUUGAAGCUCUGACAACAAGGAAGACAGUCACCGUGGGAGAGAAGCUGAUUGUUCCCUACAAGCUGGCUGAGGCUGGUACAGUGCGAGACUCGAUGGCCAAGUCUCUGUACAGUGCUCUGUUUGACUGGAUUGUCUUCAGGAUCAACCACGCUCUGCUGAACAAUAAAGACCUGGAGGAGACCACCAAGAUCUUGUCCAUCGGUGUUCUUGACAUCUUCGGUUUCGAGGACUAUGAGAACAACAGCUUUGAGCAGUUCUGCAUCAACUUUGCCAACGAGCGUCUUCAGCAUUACUUCAACCAGCACAUCUUUAAGCUUGAACAGGAGGAGUACAGAGCGGAGGGCAUCAGCUGGAGGAACAUCGAUUACAUCGACAAUACGGGCUGCAUUGGCCUGAUCAGCAAGAAGCCCACAGCGCUGUUCCACCUGCUGGACGAAGAGUGCAACUUCCCUCAAGCCACCAAUCAGACGCUGUUGGAUAAGUUCAAGCGGCAGCAUGAAGGGAACAGCUACAUCGAGUUUCCUGCCGUCAUGGAGCCCGCCUUCAUCAUCAGGCACUACGCUGGCAAGGUCAAGUACGGCGUUAAGGACUUUAGGGAGAAGAACACGGAUCACAUGCGACCAGACAUCGUAGCUCUGCUAAAGAGCAGCAAGAACGCGUUCAUCUGCAGCCUGAUCGGCAUCGACCCGUCGGCCACGUUCCGCUGGGCGGUGCUCCGGGCGUACUUCAGGGCCCUGGUGGCUUUUAGAGAGGCCGGGAAGAGGCACACACACAAGAAGACUGGGCAUGAUGACGCUGCUCCCUGUGCAGUAUUGAAAAAAAUGGAUAGUUUUAGCUUUCUGCAGCACCCUGUGCAUCAGAGAAGCUUAGAGAUCCUGCAGAGAUGCAAAGAGGAGAAGUACACUCCAGAUGAGAGUGAGAAGGUUGUGCAAAGUGAUGAUGAAACAGAGAAUGGUAUGACCAGAAGGACGCCACGGACGCCUUUGUCGGACAUUCAGGGAACCAACGCCGUCGCAGAGAAAUCGCCACGGAGUUCUCCGGGCCUCGGCUGGAACGGCCGCGUCGGUCGGCAGAGCCACCUCUCUCCCGGUGGCUCCAACACAGAAGAAGACGGCAUCUUCGUCAACUCUGCCAGCAGCAAACUCCUGGAGAGAGCGCACGACAUCCUGAUGAGGAACAAAAACUACAAGUCGAAACCAGUUCUUCCGAAGCAUUUACUGAACGUCAAAUCACUAAAGUACCUUAGCAACCUGACGCUUCAUGACCGCAUCACCAAAUCGCUGCUUCACCUCCACAAGAAGAAGAAACCUCCCAGUAUCAGCGCACAGUUUCAGGCUUCGCUCAAUAAGCUCAUGGAGACUCUGGGUCAGUCGGAGCCUUACUUUGUCAAGUGCAUCCGUUCCAAUGCAGAGAAGCUGCCCUUGAGGUUUGAUGAUAACUUGGUGCUGAGGCAGCUGAGGUACACAGGUAUGCUGGAGACAGUCCGCAUCCGGCAAUCGGGAUACAACGUCAAGUACACCUUCAAGGACUUUGUUCAUCACUUCAGUGUGCUGCUGCCGGAGGGAACCCGUUCCACGAGGGAGAGCAUCCAGGGAAGUAUGGAUCAGCUGGAUCUUCAACCAGAGGGCUAUCAAGUGGGAAAGACAAAGGUGUUUUUACAGGAGGCCGAGCGUCAGCGGCUGCACGCCGAGCUCCACAGAAAGGUGCUCAGACUCAUCGUCAUGCUGCAGCAGCAAUUCAGAGCUCGGCUGGAGAGGAAGCACUUCGUGAGGAUGAGGGAGGCGGCGGUCAGCAUCCAGAAAUGGUGGCGAACGUACCGGUCCAUGAAGGAGGAGGAGUAUGACGACCCCGGUCUCCAGGAGAGGGCAGCUGUGUGUCUGCAGACCCACUGGAGAGGCUACCGGGAACGUCAAAGGUUCAGGCAGUGGAGAGAGGCGACUCGGGUUCUGCAGAAAGUGUGGAGGUUCUGGCUCGGUCGGCGCUCGUCCGCAGCCCUGGUCAUUCAGGCAGCGUGGCGCUGUCACCAGGCCAGGGAGUCCUACCUGCGCUUGCAUGCUGCUGUGAUUCAGCUGCAGGCAUUUAGCAGAGGUUUCCUCAGCAGGCAAAGCUUCAGAAAAUUGAGAGAACAGCGACAGGAGGAGGAGGAAGACCUGGUAGAAGGAACCAUGGGGCUGGAUCUCAGCACCCGGGAGGAGACGCCGCUAAAGGACACCGCUAACGAGGAAGAAGACGGCAACUCUGAAGUAGAAACCGAAGAAAACUCCUCAGUCCCAUCGUCAGCUUUGGUGGCGCAGGAUCGGGCGAGAACUGUGGAGGAGAAUACCCAGAAAACCACUCGCUCCAAACGGGAGAACCGGCGGAUGAGGGAGUUGGAGCAAGCCGAGUUCAGCCUGGAGCUACUGAAGGUCCGGGCGAAUAGCGGCGGAGCUUCGUCUCCCUCCGAGGAGCAGCGUUGGUCUCUGGAGCUGGUGCCGCCGGCUAGCCCGUCUCUCCCUUCACCCCAAGGCACGCCUGACAGUGAGAGCUCCAAAGGCAGCUUCGAGCUUCUCAUGAUGGACGAAGAGCCGCCCAAGGCUAUGGAGGAGACCAUGGACGGCGAGGACCCCAACUCCCCUGUCCCACCUGCUGCUCCUGAAUCAAAUGUGGAGAACGUUUCAUCAAACCCAACCCAACCACAGGAAGCUGGAGCUGCUUUCCCCGAAAGAAGCCAGAGUCCACCCGCUCACCCACAUCCGCCCAAAAUCCAGAACUACCUCCCCACGUUUUACGUCCCCGCUCGCGAGGGCGGCAGCGUCAUCCCCAAAGAUGCAACUACAGCCACCGCCGCAAAGCCUCUCAAAGAGAAACGAGAGUCGUCACGGCGCCCGGUGGUUGUGGUCAUCAGCAUGCAGAAAGAAACCCCGCUAAGCAACGAGCUGAGUGCCAUCAUCCGUCCUCCGGUAGACCUGAGAGAUACCGCCGCCCAGACGGGCGAUUCUCCGCCUUCGUCAACGACGACCGACCAGUCUGUGAUAGAGAAGCUGGUGCAGCUGAACGAGCAGAAGGAGGAGCGACGGCGCAACCAGCAGCAGCAGAACGAGAAGGAGAUGAUGGAGCAGAUACGAAAGCAGAAGGAAGUGUUGGAGCAGGAGCGCAUCAAGUAUGCCCGGUAUGAGAAGGAGAUGUUCGAGAAGCAGCGAGGAGAGGCCCUGCACAGGAUCCAGCAGAGCAGGCAGGCCGGGCCGGGUUCUGCCAGAACCUCCACGUCCACCAAAGGUCCCCGGCCCAGCUCUCUGCUGAUUGAGAAGACCUUGGGUCAAGCUCCUCACGGCAGAACGCAGUCAGACUCCACCUCACCUCCGCCUCACUCUCCGGUCGCCACAGGCACUCACGGGAGCUCCCGUCCUGCCCAUCUGCCCCUGCCACCGUUCUCUGCUCCUACGGAGCGACGCAAAGACCACCGACCUGCCACCGAAGGCUGGGCCCCUAAGCUCACUCUGGAGACCCGAAACGGAGCAGGAGUCGGGGUGAGAGUAGCCGGCAAGAAGCCACAGAGUCCGGAAGUUACAUCAGUGAGUCUGGCUGACAAACCAGGAAACAUCUUCUUCUCCCCAGACGACAAAGUGACGUUUACCCCAUUUGACGCCGACGCUAAAGGACAAGCUGUGACUGUUCCCAGAGAAGGACCCACACUAGCUUUGAAGCCGUCUAAAGCAACAAAGGCUCGGGAUGUCAGCAGCGCGGGCCAGAAAAAGAAAGCCAGAAUGGCGCGGACGCGCUCAGACUUCCUCACCCGCGCCUCCAGCCUCGCAGCUGGCGGCGACUCAGAAGAGGACGACUACGGUGGCGACAGCCUCACCAGCCCACGCCACUACACUCUGCCGCUGUCCAAGCAGAACUCCACAGAGGCGGGCCUGAGAGAGGCCUGCUUCAGUGACUCAGACAUGCCCUUGAGCUCAGAGGAGCAGAAAAAGCUCCACAAAGCCAUGUCAUCAGGAGAUCUAGUCAAAGUGGAGUCGAUGCACAAACAUUCACAAGACGGAAGGGUUCGUGGGAAGAUGCGCUUCUGGGGCAAAUCGAAGUACGGGGAUAAGAAGACGUCCAGAGAGAAGCUGAUCUGCGGGGCUGAUUCGCUGGAUGGAGACUAUGGAGAAACUGGACCGCUCCUGGGGGAUGCGGGCCAGGAGAACAUGUCGCCUCCCUGCAGUCCUGACCCGACUGUGGACCGAGGCUUCAGGGACUUGAAGGAGAACAAGGAGCCGUCCCCCAAGGUGAAGCGGAGGAGGAGCGUGAAGAUCAGCAGCGUGGCGGUGGAGCCGGCCCAGUGGCAGAACGACGCGCUGCAGAUCCUCUCCUGCAUCAACGACUACAGGAGCAUGAACGACUUCCUCCUAAAAAAGAUCAAUGAUUUGGAGACUGAGGACAGUAAGAAGGACACCAUGGUGGACGUCGUCUUCAAAAAGGCGCUGAAGGAGUUCCGCCUGAACAUCUUCAACUCCUACUCUACAGCGCUUGCAAUGGAUGACGGUAAGAGCAUCCGCUACAAAGACCUUCACGCUCUGUUUGAGCAGAUCCUGGAAAAAACGAUGCGGCAGGAGCAGAGGGACUGGAGGGAGCCUCCCGUCAAAGUUUGGGUCAACACAUUUAAAGUUUUCCUGGAUGAGUUCAUGACGGAGUACAAACUGAUGGACGGCGCUCUCAGCAAGCCGCUUCCUAAGCCUGAACGUAAAAAGCGAAGGAAAAAGGACACCGAUAUCGUAGAAGAACAUAAUGGACACAUCUUCAAGUCCACUCAGUACAGCAUCCCCACAUACUGUGAAUACUGCUCUUCUCUCAUCUGGAUGAUGGAUCGCGCCUGUGUGUGCAAAUUGUGUCGGUACGCCUGCCACAGAAAGUGCUGCCAGAAGACGACCAAAUGCAGCAAGAAGUUUGAUCCAGAGCUGUCGACCAGACAGUUCGGAGUGGAGGUCGCUCGUCUGACUAACGACGAGCGGACGGUUCCUCUGGUGGUGGAGAAGCUGAUCAACUACAUCGAGAUGCACGGCCUCUACACCGAGGGAAUUUACAGGAAGUCCGGCUCCACCAAUAAGAUCAAGGAGCUCAAGCUAGCGCUUGACACGGAUGUGGAGAGCAUGAAUCUGGACGACUACAACAUUCACGUUAUCGCCAGCGUCUUCAAGCAGUGGCUGAGGGACCUGCCCAACCCGCUGAUGACGUUUGAGCUGUACGAGGAGUUCAUCCGAGCAAUGAGUUUGCAGGACAAGAAGGAAAUGAUCCGGGGGGUUUACUCCGUCAUAGACCAGCUCAGCAGAACUCACCUGAACACUCUGGAGCGCCUCAUUUUUCAUCUUGUCAGGAUCUCUUUGCAAGAGGAAACGAACCGCAUGUCGGCUAAUGCCCUGGCCAUCGUUUUUGCUCCCUGCAUCCUUCGCUGCCCGGACACCACCGACCCGAUGCAGAGCGUCCAGGACAUCAGCAAGACCACAGCGUGUGUGGAGCUCAUCAUUUGUGAACAGAUGACUAAGUACAAAGUUCGCCUAAAGGACAUAAAUACACUGGAGUUUGCUGAGAACAAGGCCAAGUCGAAACUGAGCCUCAUUCGUCGAUCGAUGGGAAAAGGUCAAGCGCAUCGGCUGACCUACCACAUGCCGUCGCCUCCGCCCAGUCCUCGGCUGCCGUUCAGAGCCGACGCAGCGAGGGAGGAGAGUGGUGGCGAAGAGGGGGCAGAGUCACUCGUGGAAAUCUCUGAGCACCAGCAGGCCGCCAUGCAGCAGGAGGACAGAGUGCUGACAGAGCAGAUUGAAAACCUGCAGAAGAAGAAAGAGGAGUUGACUGUGGAGAUGCUGGCACUGGAGCCGCGAGCUUCAGAUGACGAGACCCUGGAGUCUGAAGCCUCCAUCGGUACGGCUGACAGCUCAGAAAACCUCAAUGUGGAUUCAGAGGAAACCAUUUCCGACUUCUCUGAGAGAGGUCCAAGGAUCUCCUCCCCAUGGCCUCGCAGACCCGACAGGAAGGACUCCCGACGACGCGCCCCGCCCCAACGGCAGCCCGAUUCCCUGGACUCGGCCGACUCUUAUUCCACCGUCUCCUCCUACUCCUCCUCAUCGCACUUCCACCCGUCGUCCUCUUCGUCUUCCUCCUCCUCCGCCGCCACUCGCCGCUUUCGUUUCCACUCCAAGGCUCCUGGGGUGGGCUCCAGUCUGGCCCGCUCUCAGGCCCCGCCCCUGAACGCGUCUCAGUCCUCUCGGUCGGACAGCUUUGACGGCAGCCUGACGGGGGAGCAGGACGACGCCUACGACGAGAGGCCGCAGUUCACCAGCCGCGGCACUUACAAUCCAGAGAAGGGCAAGCAGAAACUCAAAGGUGCCAGACAUUCUGCCUCGAGGAACAUCAGAGACGGUGGCGGGCCUGGCAGGGAUCCUCCGGACAUACCCCAGCACCUUGUAUUGUAUGGUAGUAAUGAAUUCAUGGUAUGAAGGACGCAGGAACACCAAAGCACUCAUACCUUCGGCCUCUGUUUGUUGAAGACGGAGGGAGGCAAGAAGGGCGCGACUGCCACCAUGCUUUCACAGUACAGUGCCUUGGCAGCUCUGUCCUCUGCACCACAAGGGGCGAGACUGAGCAGCAGGACAGGGAAAAGGGAAUGUUGGAAUAUGGAAAAAAAAAAAAAAAACUUAUCAGAGAAUGUUACAGUUAGAGACCUAAAGAUUUAUAUUUCCUCUUAACGGGCAAAAACCCACACUCCCAUCAGACAUCGCCAAUGUUCACUGGACUCUAAGCUCCUAAAUAUUAGCUUCUUAAUCGGUUUACAGUUUAAAACAAUCAGUGUCAGCAGUGGACACUCUUAUUACAAGACUUUUUUUUUUUCUUAUUUAAUAAAUUUUAUUAUCACAGAAAUGCUUUAUGGCCUAUAAUAUACAGGUAUAAAUACUGUACAAAGCUGGAACACCUGCCCCUGCUGGGUAGUUGAAGUAUAAUAUUUAUCUUUUUUUUUUUUCUUUUUUUUUUGAGUAUCCUGGGUCGGGAUGUUCAUAUUUUGAGCAUGUGCAGAUCAAGACUGGACGUAUGAGUGUGAAAGACAAAAACCACUUCAUGUGUUUUAAGUUUGUGCUGCUUCCCCACACAAACCCGCCGCCCCUCACUAACAGGGUGAAAUGCCGCUACCAAUUGAAGGGACCAAGUCAGCUGGUGUGUAUUCCAGCCAAUGGGAUCCCAGCUUUUUAGGAAUGUCAGACCGCCAACAGGAUAUUUGCAUUCGACUGUUUUACAGCCGUACAACAUGAGUAAUGUACUGUACAGGCCUUAUGUACGGCAUAGCAGACAAAUGCAACUGUUACUCAUCCACUUCCUGUGUCUGGAGCAUUUUGGUCAAUAGCAACCAAGAAAGAGUAUAAAAUCACAUCGUCUUCUGUCUUUAUUAAAGAAUCUGCUUGUAUUUAAGGACA